GUGUACACGUGUGAGUGAGGAGGAUGACAGUAGCUUUCCGAAAGGCUAGCAUUUUUGCCUUGUUGCGGCUGCCCUGUUUCGCUGUGUGGCCAAACCCACGAAGCAAAUUGUUGCAGCACGCCCUGCGUCGCCGACUCGCAACGGCAGCAACAACAUGCUCCGCGACAGCAUCAUCAUCACCAACUAGCCAUCCCCCUAUCCCUGCCACCACCGCCACGGCGUCGACUCUUCUGGUCGGUUCAAAACAAGAUGCGGCGGGACGGGCGAUGGCGGAAGCUCUGCUCGCCCGUGGCAACUGGCUGGAGACGGAACCUGGUGUUGAGCAUGAUGGCACGCGGAACGGCAGGGCGUACCGGCACAAGCUUUCACCAACAUCCCUCUGGUUGGUAGAAGGGAGGCUUCUCGAUCUUGACGAUGCGGACAGGAGGUGGGCUUCGGCAUCGUCGGUAGGGAGCGCUGACGAACAGCAGUCACAGCAGCAGCGUGAACCCUUGGCUCUACCCAGCGAUGUUGUGUUCCUGAGCAAACACGUGGCCAAGUCCGGCGUCCCCGCGCUCUGCGUCCACCCCAUCGGCGUCCCGAACCCGUCAUCCUCAAAGGAAGCGGGAGGCAAACCCGGCCGAUGCCCACCCCCGUCGCCGCGCCUGGCGGGCUGCCUAAGAGAGCUUUGCCGUGCAGCGCGAGAAGCAGGGCUGGACAGCUCCUUCGACACUACGCUGGAAGUUACGCAUCACGGCCCGUGGUUGGAGACACCAGCGAUGUUCGUCGAGAUCGGCUCGAGCGAGGAGCACUGGGGACGAGCCGACGCGGCAGAGGUUUGGGCGAGCGUUCUCACAAGGAUGCUUGGCCUAGACGGCUCACCAGCGGGCGACAUCAACUGGCGUGACCUGGACCCCGCCGCCCGGGCGGAGCGCUCCGCCUUCGUCUGCAUCGGCGGGGGGCACUACGCGCCGAAGCCGGGCGACCUCGCCCGGCGCAGCGGCUCGUACGUCGGCCACAUGUUGGCGUCGUACGCGCUCGAUUUCGGGCGGGGAGGUGGGGAGGGCACGUGGCGGGAAGCAGUGACGGAGGCUGUGCGGAGCACCCGGGCGGCGUUUCCGGGUGCGGGGGGAGGGGUUGCUGGUGGGGUCGGGGCGUUGGUGGACAAGAAGGCGUUCCGGGCGCGAGAGCGCGCCGCAUUGCUGGAGCACCUCGGGACCCUCGGAGUGGAGCACAGGUUCAAGAGCUCGGAAUGCUGAUGGACGCGGAAUGCAUCUCGCUCGCGGUAUACGAUAUACGAUACCACACCCAGUGGACCGACUUCCAAAAAUCAAUCACUCAAGGGCGACGAUGUCGAAAUCACAGGAUAAGCUUUGAAAAGCUCUCGACGAGACGGUUCCAACGCUGCCAUUCUCGGCAUCAUCACCGCUUUUUCUGCCGAGUACUCGAGCUUUGAAAAUCGGUCCAGGGGAUGUGAUGUAUAUUAAAACCUACGGUAGGUGGCACCCCCGCCCGCGCGUUGUGUUGUACUUCUAAAUGAUUGUGUGAACAGCUGACAGGCGAGCCGUCCACGAGCGGCGCAGCAGUGCGUGUUCCGCGCGCCAGUCAGUAGAGGCUUUACGCCAUUGCUACGGUCGCGGUCAUAUCUUUACUUUGUACUUAUACUGGGCUUGUUGGCGGCUUACGCCGCCACGCUGAGAGAAGCGUACCGCAAGACGAAUGUUACUUGGUGUUUGAUGCACGAUGUUAGUCAGCGUUUGUUGAAUGGGGCCUUCGUUUGUGGCAUGCCGUGGCUGUGAGAUUCCAGUGAAGUACGUUCCCAUGAAUAUGCUUCUUAGGGUUGUUUGCGUGCGCGCGAGAAACAAACGGAGAUAAACGAAGCCGACCCUGAAAAGUUCCCGGAGAGAGAUGAAAUUCUUGUAGAUAUUGUGCAUGUUCGGCGUGUACAUGUGAGAUCCCAGAGAGACGAACGCGUGUGUUUUGAAACAUUUGAAAGUCCGACGCGUCAGAGAGCAGACCACGGGCUGCCCGAAAGAGAGAGAGACUGGCCUUGGGAUAACGGAGUGAACAUUUUUCAAAAAGUGAAAACGGGAAAUGAAUUUGGAUGUUAAAAAAACUCUAUACAUACGGCUGUAGUGUGUGACAUGUGACUGCUGCUGUUGUGUAAGAGGGGAGAGAGACUGGCGGCAUGAAAUAAUAUGACGUGUGUGAAAGGGAGAAAGGUUACGUGCGACCGAGCCGGGUGUGAUGAACGAGCCAGACGCAAUGUUGAGACAUGAGAGAGAAACGGUGAACGGAAGAAAACAACAGCGAGCUC